UUACCUUGCUAGCAGGUUGCAAGCUAACUGAAUAGAGGCAGCAAAGUGCGGGCUGAAGGUGAUGUCCCACCCUUUCUAACACAGGCUGAGCACUCCGUGGUUCUUUCGGCUCUUCACAGACGGGACUAACUCCUUAACUUCGGCGACAUGACGACGCGGUCGGAGAGAGAAAAAGCCCAGAAACUGAAUGAGCAGCAUCAGGCCAUUCUGUCCAAACUGCUGAGAGAGGAGGAUAACAAGUACUGUGCUGACUGUGAGGCAAAAGGUCCUCGGUGGGCAUCAUGGAACCUCGGGGUGUUCAUGUGUAUCCGCUGCGCUGGCAUCCACCGCAACCUGGGUGUCCACAUCUCCAGAGUCAAAUCUGUCAAUUUGGAUCAGUGGACUCCAGAGCAGAUCCAGAGUAUGGUGGACAUGGGCAACACCAGGGCCAGACAGCUGUAUGAAGCCCACCUACCGGAGAAUUUCAGGCGACCACAGACAGACCAAGCAGUGGAAGUCUUUAUCCGGGACAAGUACGAGAGGAAAAAAUAUUACAACAAAGAGGCUUUGGCCACAGCUCCACAGAAGCUGUCUGAAGUGGCUCCUCCCACCACCUCGCCGUCCUCCCAGACUGACAAGAGCAGACACGAGAAGGAGCGUGAAAAGAAAAAGGAGGAGAAGAAGAAAGAGAAGGAUGCUGACAAAGCGGAGAGACACAAUGACUCAAAGGCAGAGUUACGAGUCAGUCCUAAGAAAGGCACAGAGCCGGCCGUGGAUCUGCUGGGUCUGGAUGCUCCAGAGGGGGGUGGGAAGGGCUCAGGCGGUGCUGCACCAAUCAGCGAUGAACUGGACAUCUUUGGACCAAUGGUCUCCAACCCGCUCCCCUCAUCCAACAACACACAGCAGGCUCAGUCUGGUUCCAGUAUAGCAACUCCACAGGUGGAUCCCUCCACCUCCUCUUCUGCAGCCUCCUCUACCUCCACCACUACCACAGUGAAGGCAGAAGAGAAGAAGCUUCUAUCUAAAGACUCCAUCCUGUCCCUGUACGCAAGCAGCUCAGUGGGCAGUCAGCCACAGAGCCAGCAACAGCCUGCUCCAGGACAAGGUGUGUACAUGGGCCAGCCUCCUAUGCAGUUCACUCCACAGGGCUAUGCCCCAGCAAUGGGUGGAAGUGUUCCACCCACCACCACCAUGAUGGGGGGAGGGGCCAUGAUGUCCGGUAUGGCCCUGCCAAAUGGGGGCUACGUGGGCAUGCAGCAGCAGGGUGCAAUGCCAGCCAACCAAGGACAGAACAUGUACAGCAUGCAGCAAGGACAGUGGAAUAUGGGCCAGAUGACCCAGCAGAUGUCAGGCAUGGCUCUGAGUGGUGGAACGCCUGCGCCAGUUGCUUUCAGCCAAUCAGGCGCCCCUGCGGCCGGUUGGCCCACAGCUCCAUCGCCAGCUUCAGGCCAGACCCUGAGCACUCAGCUGUGGAAGUGAUGAGGAUGGGGUCCAGAGGAUAAGGUGGUGAUGGUAGUGGUGGUGGUGGGGGAGUGGAGGGCAGUCACAUGGCAACAAAACAGCCAUAUUUGCCUCCAACUCACCCAUCUUCUCACAGACGCACAGCGAGGGCAGUCUGUCUGCCCUAAACACCCCUCCCAGACCCAACACACCUUCACCGCAGUUCCUUUAAAGCACCAAGAUGACAUCACAGUGGAUGAGUGUGGUUAAAAAAAAAAAAAAAGACUGGCAACAGUCAUCUUGCAUCGUUAUUUGACUUCCUCUUCUUUUGUGAUUUCCUUUUGUUGUUGUUGUCUGAAGAAGACAAAAACAACAUAAGAGACUGAACUGAAAGCUGCUGGAGCAACAACUCCAAGUGUCUGUAAUACUAAAACAAUAUAAUUACUGAACUGGAUAGUUAGUGAGUAGUCUCUCAGUACCUACAGUAGAUAUGGCUAUCUUGUGGUUGGUCUAUGCUACCUGUCCUCUCCGUUCUGUCUACACUGUAUAUUGUAUUAUAACUGUCCUUCUUCCUCCCCCUCCCUCAUCGUGUAGGGCAAGCACAGCCUUGUAGCAGAUAAUCAUCUGAGCAGUACUCUUUUAAUGUGGAAAAAAAGUGAACCUCCUGCUUUUUCAGAGGAGAGAGGUCGAUGCUUCAGCUCGGGAAAACUUUGUUUGGUUCAAGUGUUUUCAGUCUCUGCUGAAAUGAGGUCUCACUGACCUGCUAAUACAGUAGGUGUUUUGCACUGAUGAUCAAAAAGUUCAACCUUUUUCUCUCAAAAACUUGUGAAGUCAAGCUGCCUCAUUACAGUCUCUGCAGGUUCAGCUUAUUCCCACAGCAGACAGUGCACUGAUUAUAUACACCAGUGGUUUCCAUUUGUGGGGAAACCACUUUCCUGCACUUCACAAUAAAUCUGUGAGUUCAGACAUUUUUUUUUUCAGAAACUAAAAACAACUUAGUGGAACAAAUUGUUCAGUUUUCAUUUCCUUUCUAUUUUAUGGAUUUUAUCUUGAUACUAAUACUGACUAUUAAGUAUUAUAUGAUUAUAUAAUUAAUACUUUGAUUUAAGCUGGAGAAAUAAAAGGUAAGCUCUGCUUGCAGGGCUUUCUCACAUAUAAUUUAAAACUACUGUUUUCCCCAUGCAUGCAUAGAUUUGGAUAUAUACUGUACCUAAUAAAUUGAUUAAAAGACUGAUACCACUGAAAUGUUUGUUAUGAAGCCUGAAGCUAGGACAGAGUUAGCUUAAUUUAGCCUUAGGAAGGAAAGAUGUGGCUUUGCUAAUCUGGUACAGUCUAAAGUUAUUAAAAAAAAUUACAAACAUCUCUAAUUUCACCAAAAUUUCUAAUCUCAGUUCAUACAGUUCAAACUGUAAAUGUAAAUAUAUCAUCACAGGUUUCCCAAUUUUUAGAUUUUGUGACGUUGCUACACAUUAGCUGCUCAUCGAAUAAUUCUACCUAAAAAUUAAGUGUAGCUUUUACAUAUCUGCUUAUGUGUCAGAUGAACAUCAAUAUGUGCAGAUUAGAUUCAUUAUAUAAUGAAUUUUUUUACUUUACAAAGCUGUUUAAAACCUUUGCUUCCAGCCAGUUGCUACAUAGCGCUAGGGUCGUUCUUACACACAGGUGCUAGCUAAAAGAUAUUUCCCAAAACUGGUCACUGACCCAUCUUUGAAUUUAUUAUUGUACUCAGUUAUCCAACUACAUGACGGGGACAGACUGCAAUAAACCGCACUUUUAUCUUUUGUACUGUGGACAUACAUCUCUUCAACAGACAGAAGCCACAAGCACAGAUCAGCGUAUAGCUAUUUAACAGAGCUAAUGCUUUGUUUGAUAUGUCUUUGAUUAUUAUUUAUACACAAACACAUAAAGACACACAUCUCAUUACCCAAUACACUUUAUCAGCAGAAGGUAAACCAGUCCCUGUUUCUCAAACUGCUGGCUGGUUAAAAACAACACAAACCUUCAACAAAUGUCCGACAUUCCCUUUAAGUCCCCCGGUCCCCUGGGUGCCUUUGGUAGCUUUGCUGUAAUGUUUUAAAUUUUUUUAGAACCAAACGAGCUAAAUUCAGUUGAGGCUGGGUUCAGACCCAGUUAAGAUAUUCCUUCUUGUUGAAAUGUGUACUGUCUCCCAUGCGCCUUGAGGGAAAUUAAAGCAACACUGGAAUCCUGGAAUCACAGCAUUAUGUCUAACUAGCAGAGCACAUACUGUAUCAGUGGUUGGUUUUGGUUCUGCCUCUCAGAUCUUUGUUAAGGCGUGGUAAGAACACGAGUGAAAUACACCAACACACACACGUAUGCACACAGAUCACGUAUGCAGUUCAAUUCCAACUUCUGGACAGGAAAUUUAGCUUUUU